AUGAGGUCGGCAACUUACCUCUCGCUCCUACUUACUGCAUGGACGGCGGCAGCAGCACCGAAAGCCAGUCAGGGCUUUUCCAAAACUUCUGUAAACACAAGCUCUGGUGUCUUCGCUCCGUACUUCUCUAUUUCGCAGCCCGACGUUGCUUCUUUUCUUGAUAUUCCCUACGCCGAAAGCCCAGUUGGAAAUCUCCGAUUCGCACCACCUCUCGCGAAGAGAUACCCGGGCGACAAGGUUAUCAGAGCGACAAAUCUUCCAGCUGGCUGCUUUCAGUAUGUUGCGCCUUACCUCCGCGGUACUGUGACGGAUGGCCCAGUCACUGCUGCAGCAUUCCAGCGAAACGACUUCUCGAAUACCACCGAAGACUGCUUACGACUAUCAAUUUUCGCUCCGGCAAAGACCACCAAGAACAACUCUUCCUCUAAACCUCUAGCCAAAGGGAAGUCUUUGCCGGUGCUUAUCUGGGUCCACGGCGGCGGGUACAGCUUCGGCGGCAUCAACGUUCCCUUCCAGCUUGCGCCGAAAUGGGUUCAGCGAAGUCAGAAGCAUAUCGUCGUUCAGGUCCAAUACCGCCUCAACCUCCUAGGUCUCCCAAAUGCGGCAGGGCUAGUUGAGACUGAUAAGAACUUUGACCUGCCUUUCCUUGACCAACGCGUUGCAAUUGAAUGGGUUCGCGACAACAUUGCCAACUUUGGCGGUGACCCCAAUCGCAUCACGCUAUGGGGUGAGAGCGCGGGAGCGUACUCGGUAGAUGGAUAUUUGUUCGCUUGGCCUCAUGAUCCGAUCGUUAAAGGAGUCAUCGCGGACUCUGGGAACGCGGUGGCUAUCCCGAGCGUCUUGUCCGACCCGAACAACCACACGACUUUCUCAUUUGUUGCGGACAGGCUUGGGUGCGGCAAUUUGUCAGCUGCGGCGGAGCUCAAGUGUAUGCGCCAGGUUUCUGCAUCCAAGAUCAAGACGUACCUUCAGGCAGGUAUUGGAGAAGGUGGCGCCGCCGAUGAUGCUGUCGCAUUUGGAGCGUUCGCCGAUAACAUGACCAUCUUCAGCAACUACACUGAGAGAAUCGGCAAAGACGGCGUCAAGUUUCCAACCCAGAUACCGCUUCUAAUCGGGACAAACACAAAUGAAGGAGCUGUAGUGGUCCCUUACAACUUCACAGGCACCGAUGCAGCAACCGAAUUGCCAAGCGACCUCGCCAAAAUCGCGCAGGGCUUCUCGCUCAAUCUACAAUGCACCACUCUGGAGGAAGUACGGCUUAGGUCCGAAGCUGGAGCGACGACGUAUCAAUACCUCUACGACGGCAACUUCACCAACAUAUCGCCACUGCCGUGGUUGGGCGCCUACCACACAGCUGAGCUUCCCCUGAUUUUCGGCACUCACGACAUUGACAGACCGUCAACGGACUUUGAAAAGAGGGUGAGCGAGCGGAUGCAAGACCUGUAUCUUCAAUUCGCCAUCGACCCUGAGAAUGGACUGAGAAGUGCUGGUUGGCCAGCAGCAACUGCGCAACUGAAUCAGUCGCGGUUGAUUGAGUGGGCUGCUGGGAACAAGGUCGAGCAGGUAAUUACAGCCGAGGCCCUGCGUGAAGAAUGUGUACGGAAUGGCUUUGCCGUUUGA